UUGAUUCAAUAAUUCGUAAUGCAAUUUAUUGUUGUAUGUCCAAGAAUGAUUGUACCUUUGUACAUUUAGGCAGGCCUCAAUUGCCGCAGCGCAAACGUCGGUGCUAGUUUCCCUUUCUAAAACUUCCGACGUCACCGUCUUACACCACUAAGUUUGACCCCUGUAUUCUUUUAGACAGCAUCAUCAACUUUCACUUCCUCGACAUUUUUCCAUUCAUCCUCUAAAUACCCGACCUCUUUUACGCUUACUUACCUGUAUUUUCGAUCCCAUAAAAUUCUAUAUCGAGAUGGAGCGUCCUGUGACGCCGCCAUCGCAGGCUCGAACUGCUAACCCGUCGAAGCCGAUAGCCUCUCCUCCGACUCCUGAAGUUACACGGCGCAUUGAAGAAAACCGUCUACGAGCCAAGGCAUUGCGCGAGCAACAUGAAUCCGCCGUCCGCGCAUCCGGCGCACCAUCCGUCUCCCGCACACCGUCCGGCUUCAUCGCCAGCGACAACGUCCACGUCCCGAACGCGUGCAAGCGCGCCCACGAUGCCAUAUCAGGCCCGUCGACCAGCCGCGACGGCCGCGCUAACGGCGCUUCACCGGUCAAAGGCGGCGCUGCCGCGGGGGCCGACCAGGGAAAGGAGGGGAAAGACGACGGAGCCAUCCGGCCGGCGAGGAAGUUCACCAAGUUCGUAGACUACGACUUCGGGAAGAUGACGGAUACGAAGGGUGGAUUUUUAAGCGCCGAGGAUGAUCCCUGGAAUAAGGCUAUGUCCGGGUCCACGGCGAAGGGGAAGAAUGGCGCGCCGGCUGACGGACCGCAGGAGAGGCCCAAGGGCAUGACGGUGCAGGAGUGGGAGAGGCUACAACUGCUGAGGAAACUCCAGCGGCAGAAGGCGGGGCCGUUUGAGCCCGGGCUGAGUGUGCUACAGGACAAGAAGGACCGGAAGAAAUGCCGGGAGUGCGGAAGUCUUGAGAUCGACUUCGUGUGGGAGGAAGUGUUCUCGUGCUGCGUCUGCGCGGCUUGCAAGGAAAAAUACCCGGAAAAGUACAGUCUUUUGACAAAGACGGAGUGUAGAGAGGACUAUCUUCUUACGGAUCCGGAGCUGAAGGACGAGGACCUGCUACCACACCUCUCGAGACCUAACCCUCACAAGUCGCAUUGGCAUGACAUGUGGCUGUUCCUACGGUUUCAAGUCGAAGAGUACGCCUUCAGCGACCAGAAGUGGGGUUCCGCGGAAGCGCUAGAUGCCGAGUUCGAGCGCCGUGAGACGGAAAAAAAGAAGCGGAAGGAAGCUAAGUUCAAAGAGAAGCUGCUGGAUCUGAAGAAGCGGACGAGGACGGACGCUUACAAAAGAGAGAAAGGGAAACUUGGGGGGUCGGCAUCGUCGGGUAAGAAGGCUCAGUUCGGCGACUCGGUGUUGAACGGCGCCAAGCACGUUCACGAAUGGGGCCGUGUUAUCGAGAAUGAAGAUGGUGAGACGGUGAAGACGUGUACUACUUGUGGGAUGGAGGUUGAGGAGAUGGAGUUUUAGAGAGGAUAGUAAGAUGAUACCCGUCCAUUGAAUCGAAGUAACGACAGGAGAUGACGUCUUUUUAUGGCCUUAGGGCAACAUGUCGGUGGUCAUAA